CACUAGUGAGGAUUAACGUCCGUCUCUCUCUCUCUCUCUCCUCACAGAGACAAACAGCUGCUAACUAAGGAUUUGGGAUUUCUGAGCUCGUGAUUCUUCACGCAGUCGCGUGUUUGACUGUAUUAAAGCGUGUGUCUGAGUGUUAUAAAGUUCUCGUGGAUGUGUUCGGGAAUGUCGGGAUGAUGAAGUCACUUCCUGUUCAGCUGUAGCAGUCGCGAGCACUUUUACCUUAAAGGAUGCUGAUGGAGUUUUGAUGGUGUAAAAAUGAGUGUGACAUCAUGGUUCCUCGUGAGCAGCUCUGGCACACGCCACCGACUGCCACGAGAGAUGAUCUUUGUUGGACGAGAAGACUGUGAACUGAUGCUACAGUCUCGCAGUGUGGACAAACAGCAUGCUGUCAUUAACUAUGACGUCUCCACAGAUGAACAUCUGGUCAAAGAUUUGGGCAGUCUCAAUGGGACCUUCGUGAAUGACCUCAGGAUCCCUGAUCAAACAUACAUCAGUCUAAAGCUCUCUGAUGUCAUUCGCUUUGGAUAUGAUUCACACAUAUAUAUUCUGGAGAGAAGUCAACACAAAGUGCCCGAGGAAGCCCUCAAGCAUGAAAAAUACACAAGUCAGCUUCACUUUAGUCAGGAUCCACUGGAAUCCAAGAAACACAUCCAGACAGAUGAGAGACAGAUUAAACCAGACAAAACUGAACGAAAAAACAUCACAGAUCCAUCUAUCUCCAGACCCACUCCUCUAUACGGCCAGCCGUCCUGGUGGGGUGAUGCUGAUGAGGAUGUUAAAGGUCACCGUCGUGACCCAAGCGGUCAUGAGCAUCACUCAGAAAACCAAAAAGAAGGUACCGGAUCUGCCUCUCCAGAUGAACUUCAAGAUGGACAGGGGAAAUCCUUUUACCGGAAAGAACCAAGGUACUUUGAGAUCCCCACAAAGGAGAUCCAGUCCAAGCCCAAAACUGGAACGCAGGAAGUUCAGGAGAUACCCACAAAAGACACAAACAGCAAAGCCCCUACUACACCGUCAGUGGUGCAGGGUCAUGCCUCCUUCACCAUUGAGUUUGAUGAUCAAACCCCUGGAAAGAUGAAAAUCAGAGACCACGUCACAAAGUUCUCCAUUCGUCAACGAAAGAAUCCCAGCAAGGAGUCGAUAGCCACGCUUCCAGAAGUGCUGUCUGCAGAAAACAAAGUUGCUGAUUGGUUGGUGCACAGUGAUACAAGCAUGCUGGACAAUGGAGAAGUUCAGUCUGGACCAGGGGACCACUUUAAUAAAUCCUUCAAGGAUGGCUACCAUCACAAAGAUGAUUUGGUAAAUCUACAUUCUGUCACCCCUCCGGAUGAAGAUGAUUAUCCUGUUAACUACACACGAGAGUCCAAAAGCCAAGAGAAACAAGACCCUCAGCAAGCAUUUGUGAUUGAUAUUUUUGAAGAGAAUCAACAAAAGCGUCGUUCGCAGUCUUUCACCAAUAACAUAUCUUCUCCUGACUUCCAAUCUGCCCUUAAAAACAAAUUGGAUAAACGGAAAGGUACGACUACAUCUAAUAAUCCACCAACGCAGCAGUUCACCGUUCCUCUCAAAGACGGCUGUGAUGGUUCUCCGAAGGCUGGGUCACUUCGACGAGAGAAGAGCGACAUCCGUAUGAGUACCUCUGAUUUUCCUUCCCGGUCAGCGGGAAAACCAUUCAGAAGCGUCGGACGCAAGUCUAAACUGGCACAGGACUUUGCGAGGGAGUUGCAGAGAAUGUCAAAAACAAGUUCUGCCUCAACACGGGAGCAAAACUCUAGUAGAUCGAACGACACAUGGGUGAAAACCUCAUCCUCCACAUCUGGGACAUCCCCACCAACCGCACACAAUGAUUCCUCUGUAACACAUCAGAGUCUUCCUGCCACAUCAUCUUAUUUAGAUACUCUGAAUCAGGCACUUUACCAACAGUCACGACCUUUAAACUCUUCAUCUGUACCCAUGGAAGAUGAAAGCAUGGAAGUCAAAGCUGCAGGUCCCAAGCAGGAGGAGGAGGACAGUUUAAGUGAUGCAGGUACCUACACCAUUGAGGGAGAGGGACCUGAAAAAGAGGCUGUGGAUGCACGUACCAUGAUCGAUCAGGUGUUUGGUGUUGCUGACAGCAGCCAAACCUCAGCAACUGCAUUUAACACUGUAGUUGGUCUCAAUGAGGGCCAUGAUAGCCUUCUACUUAGUGAGAAUAGUUCAGCCCCAAAACUGGGCCUAUACCCAACAGACCAUAGUGACACAGCCAAGAGUCCUGUGCAGUCGAUGACGACAUUAACACCUGGAGGCAAUAGGUGGGUUUCUCGCUGGGCUAGUUUGGCUGACAGCUAUUCAGAUUCUGGACCUUCAUCAGGACUGUUUGAUAUCCCAGCACAACAUGAUCUUGUCAGCAGAGCUACUGGAACAACUGUCCAUCAAGUUAUGCCUAAUCAAAGUGCUGAGUCAUCAGAAUCAGUCCAAAGCACCAGAGCAAGACGAGUUCUGCCUCAGGUCCCUUUAGACAAGACUGAGACCCCACCACCUACAAUACUUAUCCAGUCUGACCCUUAUCUGACUGCUGCUGAUAGGAGUUUAGAAGUUCAAAAGCAAAAGUGGGAUCCCCAAAAACUUGGUGUCCAAGAGGAUCUGGACCCAGACAGCCUAAGUGAUGCCAGUAAAUCUGAUGAAGGUUCUGUAGUCGAGCAGUGUAGAGGAACUCCUGGCAGAAUUCAAACGGUGGAGAACCAGUCUUGCAAGGCGCCAGCAAAUGAAGAUAUUGACUCCAAGACUCCAAAAGACCAAGAUUCAUCUCCCAAAUUCUCCACAGCUACUGUUACAAGACAGUACGCCAAGCUUAGCAAGAACAGCCUUUCACCACCCAACAUUGAUCAGCAAAACAAGGAUACUUAUGAUGGUACGGAUAACUCUGUUUCCUUUUUCAGACAGGAAAGUUACACCAAAGAAAGGGCCAGUGAUAACAUCCAGUUGUCCAGAUUGCCCAAAAUAUCCAGUCAACCCCUUUUCAAGGAAAACGAGACUGCAGAAGCUUUUAAAGGUGUAGACACCCAGUCUUACCUCAAAGAUACUGAGGAUGUUUUAGCUGUUCUGGAGGCAAAGCUUCUUGAGCAGCAAAAAGUAGACAAAGCUCGUACCCACGUGGAUGAGUCGAUCUCUGGAGAUUCAGAUGUAGACACCUCUAGUACGAUCAGCGGCAAAAACGCUCCAAAUUCUGUACCUAAGAAGCCAGUGGUCCUCAGAGGACUCUUAAGAGAUAAAACAGCCCCCAUUCAGUAUCCUAGUCAAGAACAUAAAUCUUCUGAUGACCCCUUGUCCAAUAAGAGCAAGUCCAGUCUAAAGGACAAUGAUGAGCCAAGCAAACGUUUCCAGCUUCGACGGAACCUCACUUCUUCGGACUUUGGGUCGGAUCAUCAAAGUUACACUACACCUCACAGGCCUGAUACAAUGUCAGACCAGGAAUCAAGCUCCUUACCUUACAAGAAAUCCCAUAUGCCCCUUCAGAGGAACAACUCCAGCAAGUCCAAAAGCACUGUAAACCAAGCACUAACUCGCUCUAACAGCGUCUCUACUCCAAGACCCACAAGGGCUUCGAUGCUUCGCCGUGCACGUUUGGGCGAAGCAUCUGACAAUGAAGGUACAGAAACUGACCGUAUGUCUCAGAACUCAGACGCCAACCCCUCUGCCAACCGGGUCACCCAGGAAAGCAAGAAGCUUUCACGACUGGACAUUUUAGCAUUACCUAGAAAAAGGACAGGCUCCUUCACUACACCCAGUGACACAGAGUCUUCCGCCGGUCGGACAGGCUUUUCAAACCGUAGUAUGGAGUCGAGUAACUCUGUGCGGAAAGCUUCGGUGCCAGACCCGAAGGCUCUUCUGCGGAAGAUUUCCGCACCCACAAACAAACCGAUCAUCCGAGGACGCUCAAGCAGUGCCAAAUAUGCCAGCAGUACUGCCAGCUCCAGGAGACGUCAGAAGGGUUCAGAUUACGCCUCCACCUCAGAUGAUGAGUACGAGUCUAACCACAGUAUCCCUAAACACAAACGCUCCCAUCAUUCAGGAGCUCAGCAGAACCCCAGACUUCAUCCGUCAGGUCCGGUACGAGCCGGUCCCAGGCAGAGAGACUCUGAAGGUGAAGGAAAUGAGAGCGACGCCUUCCAGAACUGGACAUCUCACAGUGCUGAGAUCGCUAGAUUGAGUCAGGAUCUUGCUAAAGAUUUGGCCAUUCUGGCUCAAGAGAUUCAUGAUGUAGCUGGAGAUACUGAACCUCAGAGUUCUGGUUCUGUGGAGAUAAUGGCACCUGCAAUAUCUGCCCAUGAAGAGUUGCGGCAUCAGAUUCCUGAAGUUAGUCUGAAUUUCCCUAAAGAGUGUUCCGGUUCUGUGCUGGUUGAUGAAUCCGAGCAGACUGUGAGUUAUCAUCAAGAGGUCAGACAGCAGAGUUUAAGACAUGAUGAGGUUUCUUUGAACAAUGUGAUGUUAAAUCCAGUGUCACAACUUUCACUCGCUAUUCGACAGAACACAGAGCAACUUACAGACAAAAUCAAGGCUUUGUUUCAUAAUAAAACUGAUGUUUUGGGAGAGAUUGAGGCGAGAAUCAAUGCUGCUGAUGAUUCACCACCAUUAAAAACCUCAAACAAGGAAAUUGCAUCUAUUCUCAAAGAGCUGAGACGAGUGCAGAAACAGCUGGAAGUUAUCAACAUGGUCAUAGAUCCACGAGGGAAUCCAGACGUGAGUAAGACUUUAUCUGCAGGAGUCUCUUCUUCAGCUGUAGUCCGGACCUCCAGAUCUUCAUUGAGGGAUUUAAGAUCAUCUCAGCGUGGAGGUGGACCCACACCGAGCGCUCGACACACAUUUAGAAGCUCAGACAGAAACGGUUCCAUGGUAUGACAGCCGGUGACAUCAUCACUAGUCACUUUCAUGUCGUUUUAAAUCUUUUGGCACAUUAAUGUAAAUCUGCAUUAACACUUAGGUAGAAGGACAAACGUAUGUCUAGAUCAAUCGCUGGUUGUGUUUAUUUGUUCCAAACGAUGAGCUAUCUUUAUCAUACAGACCUCAACAACAUAUGGCAUUGACAAUGAAAUACGGCAUUCACAUGAUUAUCAUGUUUUCAUGACUGUAAAUACACUGUUAUUGAUUUACUUUAUUGUUGUUUUUUGAUUGUUGAUAUGAAUAUAUAGUUAAAUAAUUGACAUAAUUAUUUAAAUCACUUUUUGUUCUGAUAUUUGAAUAGAUAUUUGUAAACUGUAUGUUAAGAAUCAUUAAAGGAUUAUUCACAUUAAAAAUGUCUGAAUGAAU